AUCAGGUCUACGUAAUUCGUCAAAAAAAUUUCAAUUUAUUUAUUAAUGCUCUCAACCGCACAAAACGUUUUGUAGUUGAGCACCAAUAACCGAUCCCGGCGCGGCCAGCAACCGCCGAUUACCUCCGACCAAAACUUCUUCCUUCUCAUCACCGUUCAGGUUCCAGUCAAUGAAAACAAGUACUUUGCUCAUAAACUUACUCCAAUGAAUCAACAUCAACUCAAGACCCAGAAAAACGACGAUCAGACAUAACUAAUGGCGGUUCCCAAUCUUCUUCUGUAAGUAGUUCUUACACAACCAGGCCGGUUCUUUAAUUUUCCGGUAACAUCGCCGGAAAGAAAAAAAUGGAGAGCUUCAAUCAGCUGGGAGAGGAAAGCGUGGUCGUGUCGGCGAGGCAAAGGGGCAACGGCCACAGCAACUUCAUGUACGGCGGCGGCGGGUCGGUUCUCGGAAGUUACGGGAGACCCGCCGGCGCCGCGGAAAGCAACCACAUAUCCACCGGGUUUCAUCUCCAGUCCGGCGGCGGCGGCGACUGCUAUAGUCAAUCGGAAGGGCAUUCUCCGCAGGUAAAGAGCGAGGGAGAAAACGCCUCUCUUCACCACCACCACCAGAUGUUUCAGUACCCUUUGAUAGCCCGAGAUCAUGAGUAUCAUCAGCAGCAGCAGCAAGGGCCGGCGGCGGCCGGAAACUCUAUCGGUGACGGAGAUGCUUUGAAGGCUAAGAUCGUGGCGCAUCCCAACUAUUCUAAUCUCCUGGAAGCGUAUAUUGAUUGUCAAAAGGUCGGUGCUCCGCCGGAAGUGGUGGCGCGUCUGACUACGGUCCGGCAAGAGGCAGAGGUGAAGCAGCGAGCUUCGUUUGGUUCUAUAGAUUUCUCCAAGGACCCAGAACUGGACGAAUUCAUGGGAGCUUACUGUGAAAUGCUGGUGAAGUGUGGGGAGGAGCUGGCGAGGCCUUUCCAAGAGGCAAUGGAGUUCAUGCGACGGAUUGAAUCGCAGCUUAACGUUUUAUGCGACGGUCCGGUCAGGAUUUUCAACUCCGAUGGAGAUGAGAAGUGGGAGGGGGUUGGGUCAUCGGAGGAGGACCAAGACAACAGCGGAGGGGAGACGGAGCUCCGAGAACUCGACCCGCGCGCACAAGACCGGGAACUGAAGAACCACUUGCUGAGGAAAUACAGUGGCUAUUUAAGCAGCCUGAAGCAAGAACUAUCAAAGAAGAAGAAGAAAGGGAAGCUGCCCAAAGAGGCAAGGCAGAAGUUGCUUAGUUGGUGGGAACUCCACUAUAAAUGGCCGUACCCCUCGGAGACGGAGAAGGUGGCGCUGGCCGAGGCAACGGGCCUGGACCAGAAGCAGAUAAACAACUGGUUUAUCAACCAAAGGAAAAGACAUUGGAAGCCAUCUGAGGACAUGCAGUUCAUGGUGAUGGCGGACGGCCUCCAUCCACAGACAGCCGCUGCUGCCGCUCUUUACAUGGACGGGCACUACAUGCAUCAUCAUCAUGUCAGCGCCGACGCUCCAUAUCGCUAGUUUAAUUUCAUGCAUUCCCAUGGGUUUUCUUGUUGUCUUUCGUAAUUUAUUGAUUAAUUUAAGAUAAUCGUUGUUAGUGCAGUCGCUUUUUCUUAAUUCCUUUCUUUUGGCAGCUCAAUCACCUUGUUGACAUUAAUUGUAUUAAUUGUUUUUUCCAGAAAAACCAAUUCAACCUUUGUUUUCAAAUUACUUCAUGUGUAAUCUUUGUUGGGGUUAGGGUUUUACUUUCUUUAAUACCCAGUAAUUCAUAUUGGGGUUAGGGUUUUACUCUUAAUUAGAUGAAGGCUGCUUAAAUAGCCACUGUAUUUCCUCAGCAAAUGGUUCUUCAGUUCUCGGUCUUGUUCCCGCGGGUCGAUCUCCCGGAGCUCCGUGUCUCCUACGCGCAAAUAUUACUAUUCUAAAUUAGGCCUGGACUCGGGCCGGUUCGGGCCCGGGCCAGGCCUAGGUCCGGCCGGGCCGGCGGUUCUGGAAUGGGGGGCUCGGAACCGACCCAGGUAAUCCCCGGUUCCGGGUCGGGUCGGGCCUCGAGCCAUUGUUAUUUUUUUCCCUUUCCCUAGUUAAGUAAGUUAACCCCCACCCCCCUCACCCCAAACCACCCCCAAAUGGCCCAAAAUACCCAGCCCAACUUGAAAAGUAAAAAGAAAUUGAAAAAAAAAAAUUUAAAAGGCCCGGAACCGGGCUCGAACCGGCCAGGCCGGUUCAUGAUUUGGGGGGCCCGAGCCCGGACCGGAACCUGCGCGGGUCGGGCCUACCCGGACUGGUCACUGACCGGGCCGGGCUAGAACAGUGCCGGUUCGGGCCGGUUUCGGGUCGGGCCACCCGGCCCGAGUUCAGGCCUACUCUAAAUGGAUAGCUCUUCAUCUAAUUAAGAGUUAUUACCAUAAGAUUACCUAGAGCUGUCAAGGGUCUCUCUCGAUAACAUAUAUCCUAAACAAGUACAUAUGCUCAAUUUAUCGUUGCACAUUAUCCUUAAAGCUUUCAUUCAGGCACAACCAACGU